AUGCACGGGUGGACGGCAGGCAAGGUGCGGCGUUGGCUCCGGAGAUCCCAGGAGGUGGUGACGUCGCUAGUAAGAUGGUUCCUGUGGUGGUCUGUCCCUCUUGCUUCCGCAGGGACACCUCUGUAUGUCCCUCACAUCCUGGCGCCGCCCGUGACCGGAAGUGGCGGCGGUGGCCAGCGCCGAGGCGAGAAACGAGGAAGACGAGCAGAGGAACUCGACACGCGAUGCCGGUGCCAUGCCAUUAAACACCUCACCAAGCCAUCUCAUGUGGCAACGGACCGAGCUCUAAAAGUGACACCUUUCCACGUUGAUCCUUGUACUUUGAUAUCUUCACGACCGACACGUUUGUGCAACGAAUACACCGACGAAAAUCUGCAUCCCUUUAGGGACAAUAAAAGACCUGUUGCAUCGCUGCGAUCUUUGCUCCAAUGA